AUGUGGCGGCAGCUGGCUCGCGCCGGUACGCCGUUCUUGCAGGUGCCGCUGUCAGGUUCUUGGGCCGCGUCGCCCGCCAGUGCUGGCCUGAAGACGCUGCUUCCGGUGCCAACUUUCGAAGAUGUUUCCAUGCCUGAGAAGCCUAAGCUUAGAUUUAUUGAAAGGGCACCACUUGUGCCGAAAGUGAAGAGAGAACCUAAAAACCUGAGUGACAUACGGGGACCUUCCACUGAAGCCACUGAGUUCACAGAAGGCAGUUUUGCGAUCUUGGCACUGGGUGGUGGUUACCUCCACUGGGGCCAUUUUGAAAUGAUGCGCCUGACAAUCAACCGUUCUAUGGACCCCAAAAACAUGUUUGCCAUAUGGCGGGUACCAGCACCCUUCAAGCCCAUCACCCGCAAGGGUAUGGGGCAACGCAUGGGAGGAGGCAAAGGUGCCAUUGAUCACUAUGUGACACCCGUAAAGGCUGGCCGCCUCAUAGUAGAGCUCGGUGGGCGUUGUGAAUUCAAAGAAGUACAAGGUUUCCUCGACCAGGUUGCCCACAAAUUGCCCUUUGCAGCAAAAGCUGUGAGCCGUGCGACUCUAGAAAAGAUGCGGAAAGACCAAGAGGAACGAGAACGUAACAACCAAAACCCCUGGACCUUUGAACGCAUAGCCACUGCCAACAUGCUGGGGAUACGGAAAGUACUGAGCCCAUAUGACUUGACCCAGAAGGGACGCUACUGGGGCAAGUUCUACAUGCCCGAGCGAGUGUAGUGACAGUAUGAACAAUAAAUGGACAUAGGCUACUGGAAGAGAAGGAAUCUUCAUCUUUAUGCCCAUCAGCUUACCCUGCAAGGCAUGGAGUAGCCCCUAA